CCUCAUGCCGUUGCCAUACUCUCCGAACUGCUGCGCGUGUCAUAUCCAGUUGUCAAGCAACAGGUCGCUGGCGAAGUUCACUUUCGAUUGAAGAGAUAAUUUGUGCGUUUUUUUUUUGCGGUGUUGUACGCAUCAAGCUAACACAAUUAAACGCUAUCCAAAUGGUUAAAAACGAGUAAUGUGAAAAUACUUACCGUCUAAUGUAAAAUUCAGCGGACAUAAUUCCAUCAGUCUUGGAGGGGGAUGCUUGAGGACGUGGUCUUCUUGCCUUGCUACCGACGUCUGAUUACCUGUGAUAACAGAAUAUUUAAAAUAUGAAGAUAAUAAGGUUCACUUGCAAUAUAAAAAUACCCAUCCCCGCGCGCCGCCUCUCUAUCUAGCAAACAGCGUAUAAAUAAUUCACUAUGUUGUUAGCGUUUUGGCUUUCUUCGUUAGAAAAUUUUCUUUGCAACUUGGCACUGCGACGUUGCGUUUUGUUUGCGAAGCUUCCCACGCGAAGACCACGAGAGGACCUUCGUGAUGGUCAAGCCUGACGGGGUUCAACGCGGUCUGGUGGGACGUCUGAUCGCCAGGUUCGAAGACAAGGGCUUCAAGCUGGUAGCGAUGAAGUACACGUGGGCGUCGGAGUGUCUCUUGCGGAACCACUACGCCGAAUUGGCUGACAAAGCGUUUUUCGCCAAUUUGAUCGAGUACGUCGGAUCGGGACCUGUAGUGCCUAUGGUAUGGGAGGGUCCGGGAGUGGUGAAAAUGGGACGCCGCCUCAUCGGAGCCACCAACCCCUCGGAGAGCGCCCCCGGAACGAUCCGCGGCGAUUUCGGUCUUCAGUCCGGACGAAAUCUGAUCCACGGAUCCGACUCGAUCGUCUCGGCGGAAAGGGAAAUCGACUUAUGGUUCGACGCGGACGAAAUUGUCGGGUGGAAAUCGAGCUUGGAGAACUGGUUUUACGAGGACUGACGGGGAAGGGCUUGUAUCGAGUUGUUUUCAAAUGUUUUCGUCGGAUUCAUCAGGCGUCCACGUUAAAAUAAAAGCUUAGCGGUUCGAGCCCUUAACAUAACACAAAUUGCUAUGUCGAUGGAUGUCAUUCAUGUUGAAAAAAGGUAGAAUAAUUAUUUUUUUUAAAGUUGACGAUGUGCCAUUGCAAUUUUGCAAUUUGUGCAAAAACCGCCUCCAGUAUCUAGGCUAUAAACUUACUUAUAAGUUUAGGAGAGCAGUUGAAACAUGAAAACAACACUUUUUCCUUUAUUUAAACUUCUCUGUAACUCCUUGGUUUUGUCAGUUAAAUCAAUAUUCAGUAGUUAAAAGGCUGCAAAACUCUUGACUAAAGUUAAUCGAAGGGGUACGAGAGCCAUUAUUUCAAUUACAAAUUUCGGGAUGUCUCGUGUCUAACAGAUUUUUGUUGCAGGUGGCUUUUUUUUGCUAUCUUCGGUCAUAGCUCAAAUUUACAAACAUUUUUAAAAGAUCUUACUCUUGUGAUAUUGCCAAUUUCAUAAACUCAUUGAAUUGGCCUUGCUACAGAUGAAAUAAAAAUGAAAUCUAAUAAAGUAAUUUUGGUUAAAGCCAUACCUCCCGUUUGAUUCUGGGAUUUUUCUUUGGUAGUAGAAUUGAUUAUGGUAUUUCAAACGGAAUUUUGUGUCAUGAUGUUGUGAGAUUUUUGGACGAGUGAUAAAUCUCCUUAUUAUUUCAAAGUAUAAUUACGAGUACAUUGAAAUAGUGUUAUUUACAAUGGUUUUCCUACAUAUUUUGAGUAAAUCUAUAGUCUUCUUCUACACUCUAUGGUUCAAUUUCUACGAGUAAAUUAAAAACUAAUUAAAUAAUUAACAAUUAUAACAACUAAUACACUCAUAAUACGCACCCUUCUCACUCAUGGUCAGUCUGUGCCUGGGAUGUGUGUAAUUCAUGGUUCUUGUCCCAUAAGCUUCCUGAGACAAACUAUUUUCAAAAAGGUUUCUGGUUUCAAAAAUGAACAGUACGAAAAUUGCAGCUAAAGUUAAAAUUUUAUUUGUCCUAAAUUUUCCCCUACAUGAUUCUCGAACGCUUAACUGCGAUAUAGUUCUAUAGUUCACAGGGCUCUCUUUUGGCAAAUAAAAAUUAUUUCUAUGUCACUGCAAUUUCCAUAUGUAACAAGACCGUAUCUCAUACCUAUGUGUCUUAAAAUUAUUGUAAUAAAGCAUUUUUUUUUGUUUCCCAUGAAAUAUUCCUACGUAAUAGCCUAAGACUAUAUAUUACGUUAUUUAACGUAUCUACUACAUUAUUUACAUGAUUUUCCCAUGAUAAGGUGCUAUCCAAAGACACACCCAAGAACAUUCUGCAACUCUUGAUCGAUUUGUUCUAAACCUUGUUACAGCAGUCUUAGCAUUAUUAAUAACUAAUUUAUUUUUACCAAACCAAUUUUCCGCUUCAAUCUCUCAGCCUAGUUUUUGAGGUUUGGGGUGUCCUUAUUUACAAUUAAAACAUUGGUAUCAUCGGCGUACUUUGUGAUUUUACAAUUUUGACCAAUUUCAUACAGUUCUGUAAUGUUGUUAAUAUACAAAAGAAAUAAUAUUGGCCCUAGUACGCUGCCCUGUGUAAUACUUGCUGCAAUAUUUUUGCUUCUAAAUCGUCAAGUAUAUGUUGUACGAAGGUCUCUUUUUGAUAAAAAAUGUCACCCGUUCCCACUUUUUGUGACUUGGGACAUGUUAAUGAGGUACUGGCAGAGGCCUCAACAAGCUCAAAACAGGAUUUUAAAAAUACGAAAGUGAUAAGAAUAUUAUGUAACUCAUACGUCAGGUUUUAUUUUUAAUAUGUAUUCGUACUUUGGUCUCUCGGUUACAAUUAUCUUUUAAUAGCCUGCAAAAAAUUCGGCGUAAAUUUUUGAAGUAUGCAUGGUAUAAAUUGGAUGGAGUAUAUCCCCCAUAAGGCUUUUCGGAUACGAUAUUAUUAAAUGGUUUUGCUUGAUGAUUAUAAUUAUUUAAGGACUUUAUUUACAGUUGUUAAUAACUUGUUCGAUUGCUCUGACCUGUUAUUUAGAGUAAAUUUGCUGGUUUCCUCAUAUUAACUCUAGACAUAGUAACACCUUUUUCUGGCCACACCAAGAACAAAUGUUUUAAAAGUUUCUCCCAUUUUCUCAAUGUACUCCGAAUAUGGCUCUAUUAAUUAUAAUUAUUAAUUUUAGUCUUUUCCUAUUCUCUUGUUAUGCUUAUGUUAGUUAGACUUUAGAUUAAAUUUCGUAUUUUGUACUGCAACCCACUUUUUCUUCUUUAAAUAAAUAAUUAUGAUAUUUAAAAUAUAAGUUUGAUUUCCCACGUAUUUGUAAAUCAUCAUGUAUAUUUGAAAAUAAUUUGAAAUUGUUUAUUUUAAUCUAUAACUUUUGUAUUUAAUAU